UUCUAAUUAACAUGCACAUAUAGUUUUAGCUCUAGCUUUAAUACAAUACCCCUUUUUGAAGGGCACAUUCCCCCAUUAUAUGCUUUUUCCCUCACUGAAAAAUCCCUUAGCAGGACUAUACACAAUAUUUUAUUUUUUCCUUUUCUUUUUUCACUCGGUACCUUUCAAUGGCUACAUGCAGUAAUAAUAAGUGGGCAGAAAUAAAAAAAUACCACUAAAUUAUAAUAAAAGGAGAGGGAAAAGAGGCUCAAAGGUCCAGUCUUGUCCACCCCUUAUCUGACUAACUCUGCCACUCCAAACGGACCACUCCCUUCUAUAUCUCACUCUCUUCAACGCUCAGUCUCUCACUAUAACUAAAACAAAACUAGUGAUUAAUCCCAUCACUAGCCCUGUUAAUUUUACAUUAUACACCCCUUAAAAACAAAAUUAUUGCACAUUCACUCCCUUGUUCUUUUUUUUUUACCACCUAAAACCACUUCUUAUAAACACCCAAAAGGCCCAAACCCACAUACCAGUUGAGUAAGAACAACAAAUCUUCAUCAUAGUCUCCCUCGCUGCUGAUCAGUAGUACCAAUAGUUACGCCCAGAAGAUAAAUAUUCCGGUAAUUCUGGAGUAGGAUCGCUGGAAUAAUAGUACGACCACAUUCUGGAGAUUUUCGCAGUCAACCCAGCUUUCAUUAAUUCUCACCAUGGUUGUGACCGACCCGGAUCCGGUUUUGUCACUCGGGUCGGUGAAUUCUACCGUCCCGGCUGUGGUUCCGCCGUGGAUGAACCCGUCUUCUGCGGCGGUGACGUCGUCUCUUUCAUCCUGCACUUCUUCGACCCCGUCUCCUUCGAUGAGUCUCUGGCUGUCGCCGUCAGAACCGGUUAUCGACCCGGAAAUGAACCGGUUGGUUCCAGUUCAGCAACUGGGUAGUCUGGUUCAGUACUGUAAGGAGGUGGAGGAAGGUCGGUUGAGCUGGCUGCAUCACAAGAAAGAGGCCACGUGGCGUUUGAGCCGGCUGCAGCAACAGCUGGAGUCAGAGAAAGCGAGGAAGAGGAGAGAGAAAAUAGAGGAAACGGAAGCCAAGAUAAGGAGCUUGAGAGAGGAAGAAAUGGCGUCACUGAGUCGAAUUGAGAACGAGUACAGAGACCAACUCAGUGAGUUGCAGAGAGAAGCGGAGAGCAAAGAAGCGAAACUUAUCGAAGCUUGGUGCAGUAAGCACGCCAGGCUUGCCAAGCUCGUUGACCAGAAUUGGGUCAACGCUGCUGGUGCUUCUUCUCUUCGCCUCCCCACCACCACUAGUACUCGUCCAAAUUAGUUUCCUUGUUAUUUUUUCAUUUCCUUUCUUUCUUUUGAAUUAUUGAAAAGAAAAAGAAAACUUUAAUGGGGUCAAGUGAUCGUGAUUGAUUUCAUAUUAAACUACCGAUAUUUUUGUAAUCCAAGACUAACUACACGUCCCCCCAAUAUGCAUGAAAAUGCUCAGCACCCAACUUAAUUUUUUUUCAUUGUUAAUUUUUAUGCAUGACGAUAAUUAUAUAUGAAUGGAUGAUGAUCAUGUUCAUUUUUACA